AUGGCUUCUCUCAACGCCGCCAAACAGCAGAUUCGCUCUGCCAUGAAGAACAAGCUCGGCGCCCUCUCUCACGAAGCCGUCAAGUCACAGAGCUCCGUGGUCUUCAACACCCUAAAGAACUUCAAGCCUUACGUAGACGCCAAGCGGGUCAGCGUGUUCCUGUCGAUGCCCACGGGUGAGAUCCAGACCGAUGGCAUCGUCAGACACGCCCUAGAGUCCGGCAAGGAGGUCUUCAUCCCGUAUCUGCACAAGAACCCCUUGGCCUCACCCAACCUUCCAGCCCGCGUCAUGGACAUGGUCCGCCUGAGAGACCUCCACGACUACGAGUCCCUCAAGCCAGACAGAUGGGGCAUUCCCAGCAUCGACCCGGCCACGGUCCAUGAGCGGCAGAGCGUGUUUGGAGGUUCCGACCAGACUCUGCUUGACUUGAUCCUCAUGCCUGGCGUGGCCUUCGACAUUGACCCGGAGACUAGGGCCAUCAGACGACUCGGACACGGCAAAGGCUUCUACGACUACUUCAUCAACCGGCACAACCAAAAGUCCGUCGAGCUGGGGAAGCAGGAAACCCCUGUAUUGCUUUAUGGCUUAGCGCUUUCUGAGCAGUUUCUAUCCUCUCCGUCCGAGGGGUCGGUACCUGUUGGUCCCCACGAUCAACCUCUGGACGGCCUGAUACUCGGGAAUGGCGAGAUUAAGAGCCCUCCUGCAGCAAAAUAG